AUGGCGUGGCCCUGCAUCAGCCGCCUGUGCUGCCUGGCGCGGCGCUGGAAUCAGCUGGACCGCUCCGACGUGGCGGUGCCGCUGACCCUGCACAGCUACUCGGACCUCGAGAGUGAGGAGCCGGGCCCGGGCGGCGCCGCCUCGCGCAGGGGCGCGACCUCCUCGGGCGCCCGGGACCCGGGUCGGGACGUGCCGCUCACUCAGUACCAGCGAGACUUCGGCGUGUGGACCGCACCUGCCGGGCCCCGAGAUGCGCCGCAGGGGCGCGGGCGAGGGGCGGCCGGCCGCAGGGGUAAGCUCUCCGCGCCCUCUGCGCCCGGCGCCCAGGGGGUCUACGUGCUCCCCAUCGGCGACGCGGACGCGGCUGUAGCAGCGACCACCUCGUACAGACAGGAAUUCCAGGCUUGGACUGGAGUGAAGCCCUCAAGAUCCACAAAGGCAAAACCAGCCAGAGUCAUCACAACCCACACCUCUGAGUGGGACAGCAGCCCUGGGGCCAGCUUCCAGGUCCCCGAGGUGAGGCAGAAGUUCACUCCGAACCCCUCAGCCAUCUUUCAGGCAUCGGCUACCCGGAUUCUGAACGUGUGACUGUCUGUGCUGUGGAAAUUGUGGCUGCUGAGAGGAGCACUGAAUAGGCUCAGGACCACCACCGCCAGGGCCUGGGCGUGGGCGCAGCAGGGCCCUCUGCCGUCAGAAGGGCACAGCCACCUCAAAGCUGCCACUGGGGCUGCAGGCCUGGCGUGGAGCAGAGGCACAGGGACUCGGCACCACCCAGCUCAGCUCGGCCUCAGCCAUCCUCUUCUUCCUCUAGAAGUUGUGGAAGGCCUCACGUGUUUUCAAGUGCCAUUUGGCCUUCCUUCAGUUUUUAUAUCUGAAGAACUUGAGGCUCAAUUCAGUUGUGAACUGAAUAGGUCCAUGGGGCUGAGGAGUAUGGACAUUGUCAGCUCCUUGAGUGAACCAAUAAUGUCCAUUUGGGUGGUUUUCCCAGGAUGCAUGAUAAUUUAUUCAUUUUAUAGUCGAUGAUACUCCAAAGUGAUGUCCUUGGAACUUCUGCAAGUGGCCCCACGUUUAAAUUGUAGAAAUCCUAGGUUAUUACC